GCCGCAGCGCGCAACGCGUCUCACGCAUCGCUCAGUGUUUUGGAGAAGAACGGAAGAUGGCGACCUCAAACAAUCCGCGCAAAUUCAGCGAGAAAAUCGCCCUGCACAACCAGAAGCAGGCGGAGGAGACCGCGGCGUUUGAGGAGGUCAUGAAGGACCUGAGCAUCACUCGGGCUGCACGGCUGCAGUUGCAGAAGACGCAGUAUUUGCAACUAGGCCAGAAUCGAGCUCAGUGCUAUGGAGGGUCACUGCCCAAUGUCAAUCAGAUUGGAAAUAGCAACACUGACCUCCCUUUUCAGACAACAGUUUUGGACACCAGUCGGACAACCCGACAUCAUGGCCUGGUGGACCGUGUGUAUCGCGACAGAAAUCGCAUCGCUUCUCCGCAUUGCAGACCUCUCUCUGUGGACAAGCACGGACGUCAGAUUGACAGCUGUCCAUACAGCUCGGUGUAUCUGUCACCACCACUCGACACAAGCUGGAGGAGGACUAACUCUGACUCAGCUCUACACCAGAGUGCUGUGACUCCAUCUCCACAGGACACUUUUGUCGGUGGAUCUCAGGAACUGCAGUUAAAAGGAGUUCAAACAUGUACGAAUUUAGGAGUACUGUUGCUCACCCCUCCAGACACAGAGGACACAGAAACAGAGAUGGAGAAAGAUGAACCAAAAGCAUCUCUUCACUCAGAGUCACAUGAUGUGCCAGGAAUUAACAUAUUUCCAUCUCCCGAUCAAGAAAUGAACACCUCUCUGAUGCCAGCGGCUAACAGCACGGGCGGUUCUUUACCCGAUCUGACAAACAUCCAGUUUCCGCCUCCUCUUCCCACCCCGCUGGAUCCAGAUGAUCCCAUAACCUUCCCCACAUCCAGCCCCAGCAGUACCAGUAACCUGACAACCAACCUAACGCACCUUGGCAUCAGUGCCGCCAGUCACAUUCCUCCCAACCCUCCUGCCCAACACAGUGGCCCCUCGCCCAAUAUCAACCCGCAGCAGCCCGCCCCCACCAUAUCACAUGUGGUUUCAUCUCAAAUACCUAUCGCACAGCCGAUCACGAUGGACAGCCUGACGCUGGAGCAGCAGUUAUCUCAAUACUCACUGCUGAGUUUACUGAAUGAUCUGCAGAAACAGCCACACACGCUCCCUCAGAACAUCCGUCUCAUUCGACUCCCGCCUCUCACUGUAAGCUCCACCCCCAGCACCGUCCAAAUCUCUCUACCCAGCCAAUCACAGACGGUCACCAGCGGAACUACCAACUCGCACCGCAAUUCAGCCAAUCAGUCACCAACAUCUCCAGUGUCCAAUCAGGGCUUCUCACCUGGAGGCUCACCACAACACAUUCCGGUGGUUGGCAGCAUCUUUGGAGACUCGUUCUAUGAACAGCAGCUUUCAUCCAGACAGACCACUGCCCUCUCUAACCAGUUGGAGCAGUUCAAUAUGAAUAUGUUGGAGAAUCCGGGCAGCUCCAGUCACUGUUCAACGCUGAACUACACGCAGGCAGCCAUGAUGGGUUUAACUGGGAGCCACAGUAACCAGCUGGACUCACAGCAGCUGAGCUACAGUAACCAUGGCAACAUUCCCAACAUCAUUCUCACAGUGACGGGAGAAUCUCCGCCAAGUCUCUCCAAGGACCUCACCAGCACAUUGGCCAGCGUUGGUGAUGUCAGCUUUGACUCUCAGUUUCCAUUGGACGAGUUAAAGAUCGACCCCCUGACACUGGACGGACUUCAUAUGCUCAACGACCCGGACAUGGUUCUCGCCGACCCGGCCACCGAGGAUACGUUCCGCAUGGAUCGACUGUGAAUCUGUGAAUGCCAUUUUAAGCGAGACGUUCAGUUGCAUGGCCUCUCUGUUCACCAUCUGGUCAGUGGCCGUCCCCCCAACCACCCACAUAACAGCAUGCUGCCGAAACGCUUGUGACCGGAGGCUUGUGAUGGGGGUUCGGGGGGGUGAGUGGAGGUGGAAUUGCUGUAUCCACACUGGAUGGUUUCCAAUGCGCAAUACUGUCCACCAUCCACUCUCAUUUUUUGAUUUUGUUGUCGCCAACCUGUAGUUUCUGUUCGACUGUUUUUUUGUUUGUUUGUUUGUUGUUUUUUCUGGUUUACUGUCCAUUAUUGUCUUGAUCCUGGAAGCACGUCUACCGUUGUUUUGUUUUACUAUAAUCAUUUUCGUUAUCGUUUUCGUUUCUACCGGAUACCUGUUUUUUAACGUUUACAUUAUUCUGUCCUUUAAUAACUGUGUAUGUAAUUGUGUUCAUUUAUUGGACAUUUAUUUACGAUCUGUAUUUAUUAUAAUUAUUUUCAUCACAUGCAUUAUUUAUUCAUGUUUAUGUAACGAUAAGGAGCACUACUCCCCCUGUGGUUUAAGUAUUUAAGGGAGGUUGCUCAAUAUAAAGUGGAAGGCAAAAAAGCUGCUUGAACAAAAUGGCUUCCAUAAAGCUUCAUUUUUGCUAGCAUUUUAUAACCUCCAAACAUCUCAAGAUGUGACGAUUCGUGUUUUGAUAUCGUUCGUGGUCUUCUUUCUGUCAAUAUUCGCCAGUGAUCCGUGACGUUUCCUUACAGAAGGACGGCAAGUUUUGCGGAUACUUGGAGAUCCUGUUUGCAUACGUUACUGAAGAUUCGUUCGCUGUUUUCGCUGUAUCGUUCGCUUCACAGGUGGUCAGUAAAUGUGACUCAAGAGCUGCUAAACACUUCACUGUGAGAGGACCUGAUUUUGCCUUAUAUAAACGAAAUGCUGUUUUUAACAGUCAGUGUGUUUUUCUAACCGUCUCGGAAACAUUUUAUCUCUCGUGUCUGGUUCUAGUUCGGCUGCGGUAUUCUUGUUUUGACUAUCCUGUUCAGUAUUAAAUCCUGUAUAGUUUGUAUAUGUACUGCCAAACAAGUCGAGGUUCUGUCGUGAAGAUGUCAAUCUUUUGGCUUGGGGAGAGUAAUGCUCCUUAUUCUCUGUGCUGUUUACGGGAGUUUGUGUUUGUCAUUUUCAAGUGUUCGUUCGAGCCCUGUUGCACGUUGAUCAAGUGAUGUUGUUUAUCCGAAAGGUGUUAAGGAAUCACUUAUUUGCGACUCAAAGAUGCAGUUAUGAUCUCUAUGUACAGUCCGGUGCAAACGUCUGAGACCACGUUGAAAAUGAAUGACAUGAUAAUUCUUUUGUGCAAAAGGUCAGAUUUCCUUGCUUCCAUUGAAGCACACAAGAUGCUCUUUGGAACGGUCUUAAAUCAUGCUGGGAUAACAUGAAUCAUCAGGUAUGGCACUAACUUAUGGAGUGCUACCAUUAAAGCUAAAGCGGGACGUACCAAAUGUCCAUUUUUUAAAACUUGUCAUUCAAAUUUCUAUAAUGAUAUAAAUUGUAAUGGAAAAAAGUAUUGAAAUAGAAAUGAAUGUGAAGUGGUCAUGGAUUUUGGACUCGACUCUCAAAAAAAAUAAUAUAUAUAUAUAUUGAAAAUGUAUGCCAUUGGAGGGGUGACGUUUAGCCCUUUCUGCAAUGAAUCAUGAUGUUUGUUGAUCAAAUAUGAGUCAUUUUGAUAAGGUUGUAGUUGGAUAGGUUUGGGAAAGUUAAUCUAGAUUGUUGAGGAGAAUAUCUAGAAAAAUAUGUAAUAAUAGUUACUCGCAAAACUGCAAAUCCAAUUUGUGAUUCCUGCAAACUAAAGGCAUCAAUUAAACAACAAUCUGAAAGAUUUCUAGUUGAAUACAGUUUGUGAACACUCUUAAAACUAAAGGUGCUGAAAAGGUUCGAUUCCAUAGAAGAGCCGUUUUUGGUUCCACAAAGAACCAUUCAGUCAAAGGUUCUUUAAAGAACCAUGUCUUUCUUACUUUUUUAUAAUCUGAAGAACCUUUUUUCGCCACAAAGAACCUUUUGUGAAACAGAAAGGUUCUUCAGAUGUUAAAGGUUCUUUAUGGAACCAAAAGGCUCUUCCAUAGCAUCAAAGAACCUUUUGAAGCACCUCUUUUUAAGAGUGUACUUGGGGCCAAGACAUAGCAAAGAUUUAUUAAAUGUUGAAUAAAUGUCAAAAUUAGUUAUUUUUUACAUCGAUUCAACAUUAAAACAAUUAUUUUUCACAGAUUGUGGAUUUACUGUAGUUAGACGUAACGAAACAAACUGCAAUACUCACUUUAGUCCUAAUUCUUCACAGCAUUUAUUCAGUUGUUUCACGUUUACCAUCAACGUGUUUCUCAAACAUCCAUCCUGAAUAUAGUGUAUAUAAAGCUUAUCACAGGAAUAUGACUACUGCAUGUCAAAAUGAGAAAAAAAACCUUUGGAACGAGCUUUUUGGUAUGAGGUCUUUGUUAGCUUGGCUGAUUCCAGUAAAGAUUCACUGCACAUAAAACAAUAUAGACCCCCCCAAAACAUGGUGCAUGUAUUAUUUAAUGCUAGUGGUGUCAUUUUACUGGUUUAUCACUGAUCAUGUUUAGAAACAGAAUGUAUUUAUGGGGCUCCGUGUUAUGAUGAGUGCAUUACACCAAAUGACCUGCUUGCUUGACCAAAGCACUACUGUUUUAUUUCUCUGAUCUGAUUUGUCACUGUUUUCUGGUCACGGUAGCAUUUUUUCCUGUUUUUCACGAUUGUAGCAUGUUUGAUAGUUGGGUCAUUUCCCUGGCCUCUUGCAUCUUGAGUUUCCGUUUGAAAUCCUGUCAGAAAUCUCCGAGAUAUGGCAACUUACUGACGUAUGUGCAUUUCGAAAGCGUUCAGGCCGCUGCUCCUCGCUCAUGAAACUCGGGACUGUUUUAUCUUCUGAGAAUGCCGACUGUUCAACGCCGUACAUGCAUUUUCCCCAUUGUAUCGUGAAGGUAUCCUUUGUGAACUGUUCUCUGCAUUGCACUGAAAAUCCAGAGGGAAAACUUAUUCGGAAGUGUGUUCGUGACUUCCCAAUGCAAACUGAAAAAAGGGCUCCGUCCGUUUGUUGCUUUAACACGUUCAAAACAUUGGGAGAUGUGGACAAACCGCAUGUGUUUUUUGGUCGAAUCUGUUAUCGAUGCUUAGCAUCUUGCUAACACAUGCAGCAUGCAGCCAAACUGUUUUACUGGACCGAAUUUAGCUAACAGUACAGCACUGUAUGUUGGAAUUGUUCAUUCAUGUCCUGAAUUUUUGUGUGAAAGCAAACCCCUUUAGCGUAACUUUCCCUUUAAGCCUUAGAACUGCUGAGCAGUUAGUUACCAUGUCCUCAUCCCCUCACCAUUAAUACUAAUAAGGACGUAGUUGUCUAAAUGGAAUGUAUUUCUAAUGAUAGUGACCCAUAGGGCGUAUAGCUGAUAAAUAUAUCAACCCUUACCCGUAAGUAACGUAUAGUGUAAGCAUUAACCAAGUGCCAUCGACAUCGAUUACAAAUGUUUUUAUUUUGUCGACCACCAUUUCACUUAACGCAGGUUUAAUAAGAUGAUGUAAAAAUGAACAGCUCGUAGAUGACAGAAUGUGCAUAAAGUCUUUGUGAACUUUAUGUUGCGAGCGCACGCUCGCUCUUUAUUGGAAAUAAUGGUAUAUUAGGACAUAUCAUUUGUGGUUUUCUAGAGCUUUCAUUGGGUUGGUUCUAUAAAGAUGCCCCGUUUUGUAGUCGCUUUGCUGGUGUGCUCAUCUCUUUCUGUGUCUCCUAAGUGUGGUACCGUAUUGUAGAAGGAGCUGAUUUCGUCCUUAUUGUUUUGCUGGUCCUUUUCCUUUCUCAGAAAAAUAUGCUAAUAUGGAUGUGCAUGAUGUCUCAGCUGCAUUUAUCAGAGCCUUCUUGUUAUAUCAUUUAUAUUUUGUAACCUGUAUUUCUGUACGUGUUUUUAAAAUACAUAUAUAUAUAUAUUUAAUUACAGUGUUUGUGACUUCAGUUCUGAUUCAGUGUUUCUUUCGGGUAACUGGUAACAACACUUCUCUAAACAAGAAGUUGAUCAAUUAACUAUUUCUAUCUACAUACACAGC